GACCACGUUUUACUCUCCUCUCUAAAUUCAACUCCAACUUGAUCACUCUCUCAGACUUCCUUCUCCUUCCAGCUCUCUGAAACUUGAAAAUGGCGAACGACAUUCGCUUCUUUGAGUUGAACACCGGAGCCAAGAUGCCGUCUUUGGGCUUAGGGACCUGGCAGUCCAGCCCCGGCUUGGUCGGUGAAGCCGUCGCCACCGCCAUCAAGGCAGGAUAUAGGCAUAUUGAUUGUGCUCAAGUCUAUGGCAAUGAGAAAGAGAUUGGUUUGGUUUUGAGGAAGCUGUUUGAAGAUGGUGUGGUGAAGCGCGAGGAAUUGUGGAUUACCUCCAAGCUCUGGUGUACGGAUCAUGCACCGGAAGAUGUACUAGAGGCAUUGGAUAGGACUUUGAGAGACCUGCAGCUUGAAUAUAUUGACUUGUUCUUGAUCCACUGGCCAGUGCGGAUGAAGAAGGGUUCAGUAGGUUUUAAGCCUGAAAACCUUGUUGAACCAGAUAUCCCAGGUACUUGGAGAGCAAUGGAAACUCUCUAUGAUUCGUGCAAGGCUCGAGCUAUUGGUGUGAGCAAUUUCUCUACAAAGAAGCUGUCAGAUUUGUUGGAUGUGGCACGUGUUCCUCCUGCUGUUGACCAAGUAGAGUGUCAUCUUUCAUGGCAGCAAGGCAAGCUACGAUCCUUCUGCAAAUCCAAGGGGGUUCACCUUUCUGGAUAUUCACCACUGGGUUCUCCUGGCACGACAUGGAUCAAAAGCGAUGUCCUUAAGAAUCCGAUUCUUCUCAGCGUCGCAGAGAAGCUAGGAAAAACUCCUGCUCAAGUUGCUCUUCGAUGGGGACUGCAAAUGGGUCACAGUGUUCUUCCAAAGAGUACUAACGAAGCAAGGAUCAAGGAGAAUCUUGAUGUCUUCUGCUGGUCUAUCCCAGAAGAAUUGUUUGCCAAGUUUUCUGAAAUUGAGCAGGCAAGGCUGCUGAGAGGGACCUCAUUUGUUCAUGACACCUUUGGACCCUAUAGAAGUCUUGAAGAGCUUUGGGAUGGUGAACUCUAGAUAGUCAGAUAAGUUGAGCCUGGGAGCAUAUUUUAAGAGAGAUUGCAUUUUGAAAAAUUGUUGUAAUGCUCAGCAUUUUGCUUGGCUUAUUCGACUUACUGGAUACAGGAUGCUUUCCAACGCUCAUCCUACUAUAUAUAUGCUUUCCAAAUCUUUUGAUCGUCUUUUAUGAAGCUUGUUAUAAGAUUCUCCACCUUGCAGGGUUAUCGAACAACAAUUUCUUU